AUUUGGCAACUCAUUCCUAUUCCAAAAUAUAUAGACAUCCGUCUCUCUUGAGAUCAAUCUCAUUUUCAGUACCUUGUUUUCCUUUUCUAGCCAACAAGAAAAGCAAAAUGGCGGAUACAGCUAGAACAACCCAUCACGAUAUCAUCGGCCGUGACCAGUACCCGAUGAUAGGCCGAGACCGAGACCAGUACCAGAUGAUGGGCGGCCGAGACCAGUACCAGAUGGGACGAGGAUCAGACUACUCCAAGUCUAGGCAGAUUGCUAAAGCUGCUACUGCUGUCACAGCUGGUGGUUCCCUCCUUGUCCUCUCCAGCCUUACCCUUGUAGGAACAGUCAUUGCUUUGACUGUUGCAACUCCUUUGCUCGUCAUCUUCAGCCCAAUCCUAGUCCCGGCUCUCAUCACCGUAGCACUCCUCAUCACCGGCUUUCUCUCCUCGGGUGGGUUUGGCAUAGCAGCCAUAACCGUCUUCUCUUGGAUUUACAGGUACGCAACGGGAGAGCACCCACAAGGAUCAGAUAAGUUGGACAGUGCAAGGAUGAAGCUGGGAAGCAAAGCUCAGGAUCUGAAAGACAGAGCUCAGUACUAUGGACAACAACAUACGGGUGGGGAACAUGACCGUGACCGUACCCGUGGGACUCAGCACACUACUUAAAUUACCCCACUGCUAUCCGAUGUCGUGGAGUCUUAGAGUUUAUGAGGAAUAAAGUGUUUGGAAUUUGAUCAGGGGGAAGGUAAUAAAAACAGCGAUGUCGAGUAGCUAAUAUAUCUCUCUUUUUUUUUUAAUAAGUAAAUCCUAUGUUUUAUGUGUUUCUAUUUUGUCAAGUGGUACCAUGUUUGUUUGUUUGUUUUUUUCUCUUAUUGUAAUUUGUAAUCGUUACAUGUUGUACUUUCUUUGUUUUUGUUUGUAAGUGGAGACGUCUAUAUAGUAAAGGUCUUGUUUUGUGAAUUUAAUGUUUGAUCUUAAUUUC